UGAAGGUAGUUGGUGAAGUUGUCACAGGGCAGGCGAGAGUCCACGGGAGCGAGCGCUGCUGCUGCCGCUGUGGAUUACACCGGCCAGGGAAGAACCGGAGGGACGGACGGGAACGCCGCUGUCUGACAAACUUGACAAAUAGACAAGUAGUUUGACACGGCGGUCGGUCGACGGGGGGUUUUAACGGCAGCUCAGCGUCACCCAGGGGCACGGGAGAGCGCGUUUUCCUGCCUCCGAGGACGGCCAGAGGAGGUAGGCUAAGCUUUGCUCAUGAAGCCAUGGUCAUAGAUAUCUUCCUCCUGUGGUGAACUGCCUGGUGGACAGUCAGAGGCAUCAUGGCAGAACUGCCUAUUGCCCCGGGGGAGAUCUACAUCGAGGUGGAGUACGACUACGAGUACAAGUCCAAGGACCGCCUCAUUACCAUCCGGCAGGGGGAAUGCUACAUGCUGGUAAAGAAAACCAACGAGGACUGGUGGCAGGUGAGAAAAGAGGAGGGGACUAAAGCUUUUUAUGUACCUGCCCAGUAUGUCCGCGAAGUCCGCAAAGCGCUCAUGCCUCCUUCUAAACCCACCCCACACCCUCCUGCCAACGCCGGCAACACGUCUCCACUUAGCGUAGGUUCACUCUGGGUAAAACCGUCAAAUCUGGAGCUGGGAAACCACGAUCGGCCCGCCGACAAUCUUCACAGACACGAGUCCAACUACCGGCGCUCUCCUUCAGCACACACUGCAUCUUCGGGCAACUUCAGUCCCCCCAUUCAGCGCAGGGACAGUAACCACCACCACGCCCCCACCACGCCCACCGACCACGACAGAGCUCUGGCUGAAAUCCUUCUCCACGGUGGCGGCCCCCAGCCCUCUUCCAAAGGGGGGUCCAGCACUCUGCCCCGAACCCGAGCCAGAUCCCCGGAGAUGGUCAGGGCGCCGCUGGACGUGGACAACACCCAACACUGUGACUCUGCCGGGGAGGAGAGGCGCACCAACGACUCUGAGUCUGGAGACGAACUGAGCAGCUCUUCCACUGAACAUCUCCAGACGGUUUCUUCGUCAGGCCAGGGUCGCUCCGAGUCGCCCGUCUACACCAACCUCCAAGAGCUGAAGAUCACCCAGACCAACCAGCCUCCCUUUCCCUCCGGCUCCCCCCUCCAUGUCCUCGGCGACUGGGAGACCUACAGGGACCAGAACGGCCGACACUUCUACUACAACCGCUCCACCCAGGAGAGGACCUGGAAGCCUCCUCGAACCAGGGACGCCAGCACCGGGAACUCCCGAGGAGACAGCCACAGUGCCGGAGAAAGCUCCGAGACCACCCCUCUCUCGCUCUCCCCUUCUUUCCUUCCCUUCCUGUCGCUCUCCAUUGGUCGACUGCAGCCUCUGUCGUCGGAGGACACCUGCUUCAGCACCUACUCUAGCCAGUCAGACAGCCAGUAUGGCUCGCCGCCGCGUGGUUGGUCGGAGGAGAUGGAUGAGCACGGCCACACGCUGUACGUCAGCGACUAUACUAACGAGAAGUGGUUAAAACACGUUGAUGACCAGGGCAGACCUUAUUACUACAGUGCAGACGGCUCCAGGUCAGAAUGGGAGCUGCCAAAGUACAACCUCUCCCCUCCUCAGCCGACCGGAGACGCUCCAAAGAGUCGCAGUCUGGACAGGAAACAUGUGGCGCCCAUCGUCUUGACCAACUGGAGACACAGUGCCUACGUCCAAGACCCCAACGACAAGGAUGCUCCUCAGGGCCUCAAGCCCCCCUCUCCCGACUCUGACUCCUGCCCUUCGUCUCCCAAGCCCCCCGCCUCCCCGUCUGAAAAAUGUGGAGUUCUGAAUGUGACAAAGAUCACUGAACAUGGCAAGAAAGUACGGAAGAACUGGACUUCUUCCUGGACAGUCCUCCAAGGUUCAACGCUGCUGUUUGCCAAAGGACAAGGAGGCGGGACCAGCUGGUUUGGAGGUGGUCAGUCCAAACCAGAGUUCACUGUGGACCUGAGGGGUGGCUCAGUGGAAUGGGCCUCCAAGGACAAGUCCAGCAAGAAGCACGUCAUAGAGCUGAAGACCCGGCAGGGCACAGAGCUGCUGAUCCAGUCCGAAAACGACGGCGUCAUCAACGACUGGUUCAGAGCGCUGCAGGACACCAUCAGCACCCAUGCUUGGGAGUCCGAUGAGGCGAUUGAAGAGGACAUGCCCGAAUCACCUGGAGUGGAGAAACACGACAAGGAGAAAGACCACAGAGACUCCAAGAAAGGCAGAGCCAUGAAGCCCUCCACCAGCAUGGACGCCUCUGACAACAAGAAGACCAGACACAAGCUCAAGAAGUUCCUGACCCGCCGACCGACGCUGCAGGCCGUCAGAGACAAGGGAUACAUCAAAGAUCAGGUGUUUGGCUGCAGUCUGUCCAGUUUGUGCCACAGGGAGAGCAGCACGGUGCCCUUCUUUGUCAAGACGUGCAUCGACCACGUGGAGAAUAAUGGUCUGUGUGUGGACGGGCUGUACAGAGUGAGCGGAAACCUGGCUGUCAUACAGAAACUACGCUUUGCUGUCAAUCACGACGAGAAGGUGAACCUGGCAGACGGGAAGUGGGAGGACAUCCAUGUGACCACUGGAGCUUUAAAGAUGUACUUCAGAGAGCUGCCGGAGCCGCUCUUCACCUACGCUCUGUUCCACGACUUUGUCAGCGCCAUCAAGCUGCCCGACUACAAGCACAGAGUUCAGACGAUCAAAGAUCUGGUGAGACAGCUGCCCAAACCCAACCACGACACCAUGCAGGCUCUCUUCAAACACCUCAGGAAAGUGAUCGACUACGGCGAGGAGAACCGUAUGACCACCCAGAGCGUCGCCAUCGUGUUCGGCCCGACGCUGCUGCGGCCUGAAACGGAGACCUGGAACAUGGCGGUCCACAUGGUCUAUCAGAACCAGAUAGUGGAGCUUAUACUGCUGGAGUAUGAGAACAUUUUUGGCAGGUAGACGCUAGAGGACGAGCCUUUCUUCCUUUUUCUUUCCCACUCCCAUUGCAGAGCUCUUCCUAACGCAGCAUGGCCCUGCCAAAAAACCAUCCCGGACUAGCUCGGUUUGGCUCGACUCGGUCCGGCCGUCGCUCGGCGCAGCUUCUCUUCAUCUCUAACUCAACCUGGCUUCACUGUUAUUAACCGGCUUCUCCGACCUCCCGGACCAGCAACCGCGUCUCAUGAACCAAAACGUAGAACUAGCGACCAAAAAGUUUUUGCACUUUUCAGUGUCUCAUUUUCCUCCUGCAGCUGCAUUUGUGCCACUUUACUGCAAAGUCCUUCUGUCCCGACACUGGAUUCCUAAAACUGGUAACGCGUGGGCCGAACGAGCCUCGACUACUGCACAGACUGACGGAGACCAAAGGAGCAGCAGAAGUAAAGCCUCAGCGGGCUGAAUCGCAGACAAGGCGUCAGUAUUGGAGGUUUAAGAUGCUACCUGUAUGUACCGUACUGUAAAUGUCACUGCUUGUAUAGUCGCUCCUGUAUGAACCACACUGAGGAACCAACAGAAGAAACCAAACUGCUGAACUGUCAUUGCCCUCAGCUUGGCUUUAGACGUUUAUACACUAAGAGUUGAAGCUAGAACAAGGGGAAGAGGGAAGAACAUUUACACUUUCUUUGUAUUUCACAUGUUUCGUUCUCCCUCUCUGUCUGAAUCUCCAUUUUCUACCAUUUUCUUCCUGAAAAACAGGACUGAGGUCCUCUGAACACAUAAGAGGUUGUCACCACUCUGUAUUAUAUCUGCACGCCACCUUCUCAGUUUUAGAACAAAUCAUCUCGCAGCAGUCAACUUGAAAAACAAACCAACGGUACUGAGCUGUGUCUUUCCUUGACGUAAAGCGUUCGGGCGAAAGGCCUUGGGAACGUCUCCACUGAUGAAUCUGUACAGUGUUUAUGUGUGCGCAUGUGAAUGGGGGGUGGAUGAAUUAAUGGAUGAAUGAAUUUAAUGACAAUAUAUUGUACAAAUAGUAAAUGUAAGUACGUAUGCCUGGAGCGUCAGAGAUGCGACACGAGGGAGAAAUCACUAUUUUGUGAUCGUCGUGUAAGACGUGAGGAAUAAAGGUAUGAAGCAGGGACGUGGAGGUUUACCUGUGACUCAGGUAGAUGCUGUUGGCUUUAUUGAACUGGAAUAAAGACCUCUAAUAAGAGAUAUUCCAAAGCAGAUACUCUUUGUUGUUUGUUUUUACACUUGUUCUGUUUUUCAAUAAUAAAUACUA